ACUUAAAUUACGUGCUUUUGCGCUAAUAUUGGUGCUUUUUAGGUACAGCGAGUGCGUGGAAUUGCUGUUAAAGCAUGGUGCCAAAAUCGAUGUGGAGGCAAGAAUGUGUUGGCCCGGACCCCAUAGCAAUAACUGUGAACAUCGAGGAAAGUAUUCUAAUAUUAAUGCUGAUGACAACUGUAUGGAUCGCGAUCGUGAUCGUCCCCCAAAACUUCAGUCUGCCAUAUAUUACGCUCUAGACGGAGAUCAAGUGGAAAUUUUGGAGAUGUUAUCGCUUCGGAGUGGUGAUCCGUGGAACGGACUGUUUCGCAAUCGCAAGCCUCUCUUACAUGCUGCGUGUGAACGAGGCGCUUGGCGUUGCACUCAGUUUCUAGUCACACUUCGAGCGGACGAGAUUCAUAUACUGAAAGACGAGUAUUAUCCCAUCCAUUAUGCGGUCUUGCACGAUAGUCGUUUCUUAGAGUUACUUAUAAAUGCUGGAGCGGAUACUGCCGUCCGUACAUGUACACAGCAGAUGACUUUGUUGCAUGUUGUUUUUCUUGUUGCGCAUAAGUCUGCCGAAGAUACAAUAUCUACAAUUCGCUUACUGCUGGAACACGGCUGCAAACAACUAAUUAAUACGCCAGAUUCUCUAGGAAACACGCCUUUACAUGCACUGAUUGUUCGCUACGCGUUGGAGGAGGCUCGAUAUGGCUAUGAUAAGUGGAAUAAGUGGGACAUAUUGCAUUUGGUGCGGUAUAUGAUACAGUCUGGCGCUAGACAGUCGAUCAAUCAAAUGGGAAAUUCUGCUUUGGCAUGCGUUUUGCGACAUGUGCGAGACUGGGAUAUCUGUUAUGAAUUGCUGCACAUGCUUUUGGCGGAAGGAGGUGAACCAAAUAUGGUUGGACGUGAUGGCUCUGUUCCGAUUAUGGUGUGUCUUGUACCGCUUAUUAAUAAGGAUCCUUUGCACCAUUUUACACAUAGCAUGAAGGUAUGCUACCUGAACUGCAUUCGAAUACUUUUAAAGUACGGAGCCAGUCCAAACUGUAGUUAUCGUGAGAACUUGACUCCACUGCAUAUAUUAGUCUUUACAGUAUCGGAAAAUAUAACAUUAAACUGUGAUGUGCAAAAACAACUCAAUUUUGAAUUUAUAAAAAAUUUGUUAAUAUUAUUACUUUCGUACGGAUUAGAUCCGAACGUACGCGCGAGCAAUCGAACUCAGCAUAUUUUGCAGUCCUGCAUGGACAUGAUACAAAACGUGCGCGAUUGCAGAGACAUUGAUUAUGUGUACGAUCUUACGCUUACCUUAAUCCAGUACGGAGCUAAUCCAGAUCUUAGUUUAAAUAUAUCGGAAGCAAUAAAGAGUUAUCCGUUGCAGCGCUCACAAUCCUUGUGGAAAAGUAAAAAUUAUAUUUUAUAUUACUAUAUCAUGUUAGUCUCUAGAAAAGAAAACGUUAUUACGGAUCCGAAAAUGUCGUUUGCCAAGAUAAUUAUGUUGUUCUAUUUAGUAAUGAAACAUAAACCUCUAUUUGAAUGUUUAAAAAUGUUACAUACACAACAGUUAAGUUUGGUACCUGACAGAAGAACAGAGCCGUUAACUUGUAUUAUCAGAGAUUUAUACAAAAGGCCUCGAAGUUUGAAGCAAAUAUGUAGAGUGAAGAUUCAUAACUGCUUAAGCCAAAAGCCGGGCCUUUAUCUAAAUAAACUGAAUUUACCGAAUUCGCUUAAAGAUUAUAUCAUAAAUUUUGAGCUGUAAUAGUUUUAUGGCACAAUUAUAUGCCUUGAAUUAAUUACGUUUAUUUUUUUGGUGACAAAAAGUGCUAUUGCUAGUCAUGAUCAAAUUUAGAGUUUUUUAUGAAGGCUUUUUCAGAUAGUCGUGUAGCUACAGAACGAUGGGACAUUUUUCAAAUUAAAGAGGCCUUCUGCCAUAAUGUAGUUUUACCCAUGCUGUAGCUAUACUAUCAUUUAUUCUAUUAUACUAAAGAAUAUAAACAUACGAAACAGUA